CUAAAUUCCAUUGUUUUCCUAGAUUCCUGCCCAAGUUGUUGGGCUUUGUAUUCCGAUCAUGGUUUUUGAUCCCCUCUCUCUACGCACCAUUGAUGACAUACCAAAUGACUCUGCUUUGAUUUCUGAUCAUUCAGCCCACACUCAAUCUUUUGGUGCUAUAGACCCAGACUCUUCAGACGAUGAGGACAUUGUCAAAAAGGGAAAGAAAAGUCGAGCACUUGAUCCAUCCUUUACAUUUUCCUCUGAAAUUUCACUUCCUAUUGCUUCCUCAAAAAACUGGGAUUUUGGAUUGUCUCGUCAGGCACUUUCUGCCAAAGCGCUUUUGCGUGCACAGGGAAAGACUUCGAUUGACGAAAAAAUUCUCAAAAGUCUCGGUACAAUCGAUCAAGAUCUUGCUACCGAUGUUCUUGCCCUGAAAAAUAUAGACGGUGUGGCAGACGAUGAAGUACCUGAUAACGUUUCUGGUGAAUCAGAUGAAGAAAAAACCUCGGACAAUGACGAGGCUUUGGUGAACCCGUAUUUUGACAUCAACGAGCCAGAGGACAUUGUGAAGGAUAAAAGCAAAGCCGAAUUUUUCGAUCUAGAGUCGGACAAGCCAGAGCAUCGUGAGAUUACCGAAUCUUUUCAGUCUUUGCAACUAUCCAGACCUGUUCUUAAAAGUAUUGCUGCGUUGGGUUAUGUUCGUCCUACUGAUAUUCAGGCUCGUGCUAUUCCACUAGCACUGCAAGGCAGAGACAUUUGUGGUUCUGCUGUAACGGGAUCUGGAAAAACUGCUGCGUUCAUUAUCCCAAUUGUAGAGCGUUUACUGUUUCGUCCAAAAAAUGAUGCUACUACUCGAGUGCUUAUUCUGGUGCCUACUCGUGAAUUGGGUGUACAGUGCCAGUCUGUUGCAAUUAGUAUUUCAAAGUUUACAGAUAUAUCUACUUGUCUUUGUGUUGGUGGUUUGCCAACCAAAACUCAAGAAGCAGAGUUGAGAUUGAGACCCGAUAUUAUUAUUGCUACUCCUGGUCGACUUAUUGAUCACAUUCAUAAUUCACCGUCUUUCUUUCUUGAUGCGAUUGAUAUUUUGGUGAUUGACGAGGCUGAUCGUAUUCUUGACGAUGGAUUUGACGCUGAGCUCAAUGAGAUCAUUAAACAUACUCCUAGAACUAGACAAACUAUGCUUUUUUCUGCUACCAUGACUGACAAUGUGGAUGAUUUAAUUAAACUGUCCUUGAAUCGUCCUGUGCGUUUGUUUGUGGAUCAAAAUACUAAACUGACCAACAGACUUGUUCAGGAAUUUAUUCGUGUGCGAGGCCAUAAAGAGACUAGUCGUCCUGCCAUUUUAGCAGCUCUCUGUUCUCGUACCUACACAUCCGAGACUAUUGUUUUUUUCCGUAGUAAGGCUGCUGCCCAUCACAUGAAGAUUAUAUUUGGAUUUCUGGGGCUAAAGGCUGCAGAGCUUCAUGGUAAUCUGACGCAGCUUCAACGACUAGAGGCUCUUGAGCUGUUUCGUGAAAAAAAGGUUGGAUUUCUGCUGGCUACGGAUCUAGCUUCUCGUGGUCUUGAUAUCUCUGGAGUGAAAACUGUAAUCAACUAUGAUAUGCCCAAAAGCUAUUCCAUCUAUGUUCAUCGCGUUGGUCGUACUGCUCGUGGAGAUUUGGCAGGACGUGCCGUGAGUCUUGUUGGUGAAGCUGAUCGUGCGCUGCUAAAAAUGGCUAUUAAAAACACACGAGAUGCUGUCAAAAAUCGUAUUGUUCCUGCCAAUGUCGUUGAAAAGUAUGAAGGCAUUUUGGCAAAGCUAAAGGAUUCCAUCAAGGAAAUUUAUAUCGAAGAAAAGGAAGAAAAGGAGCUUUCAAGCGCUGAACUGCAGAUUACUCGUGCCCAAAAUAUUCUUGGUCAUCAAGAUGAGAUCAUGUCACGUCCUGCCCGAACGUGGUUUCAGUCUGAGAAAGAGCGUACUGAUUCCAAAGAUCUUGACAUGGAAUCUGCUCAACCUGAACCACUUCCAAACACGGUAAAACGGCGGUUUCCAAAUACUGACUCUAAAAAGUCUGAGCAUGGCCCAAUGGAUGGUCUUUCUAGAAAGAAAAGACGUAUGAAAGAGGCCCGCGAGGAGGAUAAGCAAGUCAUUUCGGCUCAGCGCAAGUCUGUAAAGGCUGUCAAGGCCGCUGCACGUCCCAAAAAGAUCUCACAUGUACGCGAUUCUACCCAACACACCACGAAACAAACUGGAAAAGGUUCUUCGUUUGCAAAAGAAAUCUAUGGUGGUUCAAAAAAGGGUUCUUUAAAGCGCAACAAGUAG